UCCACUCCCAUCACCACCACUGACCACUGCUGCACCGCCAUUGCCGGACUUGGAGUGUUCUUCCGGUCCUCGUCGGUGAGCGAGAAAGAAAGAAAGAAAGAAAGAAAGAAAGAAGAUCCACGGCGUAACAUGAGGCCUGAUGUUCCUUGGAUAGCCGGCUUGGUCUCGCUCAUAGUUAGCUGGUUCGUCAACCCCAUCUUAGCCUAUUAUGUUCCCAAGAUCCUUUCCGCAAUCGGCUUGGGCGCGUCCAAGAGGCUCUCAGAUCUGGAGACCCACAUCAUCCCGGAGCUGAAGAAGACGCUGCGUGGCGUAGAUCAAGCAAGGAUGAUGGAGAGAGAAAGUAAAGAGAAAGACGAUCUGGCCACGCUGAACAAGAUGGCCGCCAGGUUGAGGCACGCCCUUGAGGAUGCGGAAGACAUCUCCGAUGAUCAGCAGGAGAUCGAGUCGUACCGCAACACGUUUCCGCAGUGCCUCUGGAGCGGAUUGAACAUCGGCUGGGGGUGGAUUGCACCCAUCAUCUGGAGCGGACAGGCUUGGCUAUGGCGGUGGGUGCGGAAGAUAUCCUUCCGUCUCUCGGAGGUGACUGCCAGUGCGGCGGCCACCUGUGUUGUGGUUACGCAAAUCGUUCGGAGUGGAUUUGAUAGCCUAUUGCAGUGGGCGCAGAUGAUAUCCAGCGCCGUGGCCACCUGUGUUGCUGGCUUCAACAUAAGCUGCACUUGGAUUGCAGACAUCGUCCAGAGUGCAAGGACCCGCCUAUCGAUGUUGGCCUUGCGUGGGUCAAACCAUAUACUUCCAGAGUACAGACGGCCCGUUACAGGGACCAGUGUUGCUGCCUCAGAUGAAACGGCGCUCCCGGAGAUAUAUUCAGAACGUGUGGUGGACUCAGAUGGAACCUCACGCGAACCAGUACCAGAGAUUUGCUCAGAGGGCACCGUCUCAGAUGAACCAAGUACUUCUGCUCUCUUGCAUGGGCCAGACGACAGACUUCAUGUGACCGACAAUAAUGUUACCCACUCUCACCGGCACGUUCCAGGGACCAAUGUUUCUGCCUCAGAUGAAACAAUCCCAGCAGAGAUACAUCCAGAGGCUGAACCUCUGACUACAAGUGAACUUGCUCCAGACGAACCAGCUUUGUUGGAUACCAAUGAUGCCGAAACAAUCCCAGCAGACAUACAUCCAGAGGCUGAACCUCUGACUACAAGUGAACUUGCUCCAGACGAACCAGCUUUGUUGGAUACAGUCCCAGAGAAUAGCAUUACUCGUUUCAGCAUGUGGAUUGCUUCCUUGGGGCCAUGGCUCUCUCGUUGCCGCACCUCCAUACACAAUGCAUCGGAGAAGGCGACUACUUUCCGAGACAAAACCUGCGAGGGUUUUGCCUUCACAGGUCACAAGGAGGAUGCCAGUGCGUUAGAUUCUGUUCUUACUGUUAUCUCAAUAUGGAAACUGAAGAGAAAAAUAGAGAAGAUAGAAAGCACGGUCGAUGAUGUGAAGAAGUCACCACUCUAUGUUGUAGCAAAGGAGAGCGAACUGGAAGAUAUUGCCAACAAGAAUAGGCCCAACAUUACAACUGCUAGCAAUCAGAUGGUAUUUGGCCGAAAGAGCUUGCUUGAUGUGGUCGUACAAAAGCUUAUCAACCAACCAACCAGCUCAGGUAAAUGUUACUCGGCGUUUGGGAUUCAUGGUGUUUCAGGUUCUGGGAAGACUACCUUUGCACGAUAUACUGGAGAUUACAUAAAGACCCAAAAAAAGUUCGACAUCAUCAUGUGCGUCCAUCUAUCCAAGACUUCCAGUGUGGAUGGUAUAUUUCAGAAAAUGCUGGAGGAUAUUGCCGGAGAACAGCACACCAAUAUUUCUGAUGGUGAGAAGCAGAAAGAGAAGUCGGAUGAAUCAUUGCAAGGUAAGAACGUGAAAGAUAAGUUGGAAAAUUCAUUGCGUGGCAAACAGUUCUUCUUGAUAUUGGAUGAUCUCUGGGCAGAGGAAAGGACCAACAAACAGCUGAACGAGCUACUCUCUCCACUGAAUGUUGGGCAGCAAGGAAGCAAAAUCCUGGUGACUGCUCGAACAGACAAGGCAGUUAAAGUUCUAUGUGACGAUAACAUUACUGAAAUACCUGAUAUGCAUGAGGAGCUGUUCUAUGAGAUGUUUAUGCACCAUGCACUGAAUCCUGAAGGAGAACAUGAACACGACGAAGAACGUGAAAAACUUGGGAGGUUGAUUGCAAAAAAGCUACCGAAAUCACCUAUUGCAGCAGUAAUAGUGGCAGGGCAGCUUCGGGUGGACUAUCGUAUUGAAUUUUGGAGGAGGACUGCAGAGAGCAGAAAGUUUGUUAACACCUGGGAUGCACUUUGGUGGAGCUAUCAGAACCUUCCUCUGGACAUCAGGAGGUGCCUAGAAUAUUGCAAUAUUUUCCCCCGAAGAACCAACUUGAAAACAGAGGACUUAGUGCGCUUGUGGAUAGCGCAAGGGUUUGUAAAGCCCAGUGCAUCAGAGGACAUGGAAGAUAUAGCUGAGGGCUAUGUUCAAAAGUUAGCUUCAUGCUCGUUUCUGAAACCAACUAUGGGGCGUGAUGAUUGCUUUACAAUUCAUGAUCUGCUGCAUGAUUUGUUGGACGAGGUCGUCGGAAGCGACUGCUUCCAAAUCGAGAAUGAAAGGAGCCAGGAAGAAGAAGGUCCUUGGAGAAUCGAGAAAGAUGAAGGUCCUUCAAGAAUCGAGAAAGAAGAAGGCUGGAGCAGAGAUGUCCGCCAUCUUUUUGUUCAGAAUUAUGAUGCGGAAUUGAUUACUAAGAUGGUUCUUGGGUUGAAAAACCUACGCACUCUCAUCAUUUACAUCGUUAGAAGUGAUACACCAGUUGAGGAAAUGGUAAUUGAGAGUAUAUGCAAGAGACUGCUGAAAUUGAGGGUACUGAUCAUUCAUUUCUCUAAUACAAUCUUUGAGGACCACGACAGAAUUUUCAGAUUCCCCAAAUCUGUUGGUCAGUUAAAGCACCUACGCUAUCUUGGUUUCAGGUCUUCCGCAUGGGCGGUAAUUUUACCAAGCACCCUAAAUAAACUUCACCAUAUCCAGGAGUUAGAUUUUGGCUGCCUGUCAAUUGUGAAUCCUAAGUUUACUGGCUGCCUUAUCAACUUGCUGCACAUAAUCUGCCAAUUCUGUUAUUUCCCUCACAUAGGGAGGAUGAUAUCACUCAAAACGCUACCAUGCUUCAUAAUAAAGGAUGAAGAAGGGUAUGAGGUAAAACAGCUGAGAAAACUAAACAAGCUUCGCGGCAGACUGAUUAUUUAUGGGCUUCAAAAUGUAAAAAGCAAGGAGGAAGCAGGUCAAGCCAAUCUAGCUGUCAAGGGACAACUCACUGAACUUUAUUUGGUAUGGGCUCAUGGUGGUGGCACAAGGUGCAAUCCAAAAGAUGAAGCAGAGGUACUUGAGGGUUUAUGCCCUCCUGUGGGGCUUCAAUCACUGACCAUCUGUUGCUACGAAGGUUCGAGGUACCCAGAUUGGAUGGUGGGUCAGCAUAAUGGUAACCCAAAGGACCUGCAGCAACUUCAUUUCUGGAGAUGUAACCAAACGGCACCUUGUCUUGAAGUUGAGACUUUCCGUCAUCUUCAUGAGCUCUGGCUUAUAUACUGCAGUUGGGAUGCCUUACCAGACAAUAUGGAGCACCUCACAUCGCUCAAGUUGCUAAAGAUUGUUGAAUGCUUGAAUAUCCGAUCCCUUCCAACACUGCCCCAGUCUCUUGAGGUAUUUGAACUUGAUGGCUGCAAUGAUGAGUUAACUGCAGAACAUGCAAUCUGGAAAAAGAAUAAGCGCAUGUCCAAAACCUCAAGUGAUAAAACCAAUGACUGGGACUCAGCUUCAUAUGUGAGAUUUAUGAUGACCAGGCUCUUUCUACCUUGAUGUUUGUUUGUGCAGUUUGAUUUUCCCACAUUUAUGGCCAUUCUGCUGUUUAAUUUGAUUAUUAGCAGUUGUGAGGGAAUUCAGAAAAAUUACUCCAUACUAUUUCUUGUCUGUAAUAAUGCUGGCAGUGCCGUUGCUAUUUAGUCAGUAAUUUAU